AUGAAAUCUCAUCCACCAUAUACCAUGUGCUUUAGAGUGAAAUUCUACCCACAUGAACCCUUGAAGAUCAAAGAAGAGCUCACCAGGUACCUCUUAUAUCUACAAAUAAAAAGGGACAUUUUCCAUGGCCGUUUGCUGUGUUCUUUUUCUGAUGCUGCCUACCUGGGUGCCUGUAUUGUCCAAGCUGAGCUUGGUGAUUAUGAUCCUGAUGAACACCCAGAGAAUUACGUCAGCGACUUUAAGAUUUUUCCCAAGCAGUCACAAAAGCUCGAGAAGAAAAUAGCUGAAAUGCAUAAAAAUGAAUUCAGAAGUCAGAGCCCAGCUGUUGCUGAAUUUAACUUGCUCCUGAAAGCAUAUUCUUUGGAAACUUACGGUGUUGAUCCUCAUCCUUGCAAGGACACAACGGGGACGACUACAUUUUUAGGAUUCACAGCUGCAGGAUUUGUAGUUUUCCAGGGGAAUAAAAGAAUUCAUUUGUUAAAAUGGUGUGAUGUUUAUAAACUGAAAUUUGAAGGGAAGACUUUUUAUGUGUUUGGAGCUCAGAAAGAGAAAAAGGCUGUGCUGUCAUUCCAUACCUCUACACCAGCAGCCUGCAAGCAUCUUUGGAAAUGUGGGGUGGAGAACCAGGCUUUUUACAAGUAUGCAAAAUCCAGUCAGAUCAAGACCAUGUCCAGCAGCAAGAUAUUUUUUAAAGGCAGUAGAUUUCGAUAUAGUGGAAAAGUAGCCAAAGAGGUUGUGGAGGCAAGCUCUAAAAUCCAGAGGGAACCUCCUGAAGUUCACAGAACCAGCAUUACUCAGAGUCGCAGCUCUCCCUCAUUGAACAAACAACUCAUAAUCAACAUGGAACCUCUGCAGCCCCUUCUUCCUUCUCCCUGCGAGGAGGAAGAGGUUCCUGUAGAUGAAGGUAUCCAACUGCCAAAGGAAGAUGAGAUUUCAGUACCUGUGACUUCAAUCUCCCCACUUAAGGACACUGGGGAGAAUGUUGAUCUUGCCAUUGAACAGGAAGAGAAGAUGAAAGAGGAACCUUUAACCAUCUCAGAACUGGUAUACAAUCCUAGUGCCAGCUUGCUGCCCACCCCUGUUGAUGAUGAGAUUGACAUGCUCUUUGAUACCUGUCCAAGAGUAGAGAAUGAGAAAGAUGAUACAGAUUCAUUUGAGGAACUGGAAGCAGAUGAAAAUGCAUUUUUGAUUGCAGAGGAGGAGGAACUGAAAGAAGCUCGGAGAGCGCUUAGGUGGAGCUAUGACUUUCUAAUGGGCAACAUAGAGGUGAAUGCCUUUGUGAGGAGUUUUUCCAGACUUCUCCUUGUAGGCCUUGGACUGUUGUUGUUUGUGUUCCCUCUUCUCCUUGUUCUCUUGGAGUCGGACCUUCAAAUCUCUUUUCUCCAUGAAAUCCGUCAGACGCCGGAGUUUCAGCAGUUUCAUAUUGAAUAUUACUGCCCCCUUAGGCAGUGGGUGGCUUGCAAAAUAAACUUAAUUCGUGACAUGCUGGGCAGCUUUUAAAUUUUAAAUAAAUAUGAUACAACUAAGGGCUAUAUUCAAAAUUUCAGUUAGUGCCAGCUUUCUGUAAUGCCCCUGGGGCCAUCAGGCAGUAGCUGUCUUCAUAUCUAGUUCAUUACAGACUCUUCAGGUUCUUAAGUUCCCUUUACAUACUUAAAUUACCCCUUUAGUUACAGGCUUAUACAGUCACCUUUCAGUAACCAAAAUAAAGCUUUAUUUUAAUUGCAUUUCAGACUUCCUGGUCAUCUAUUACAUCAUAUAAGAUGGGGUCACAAUAAGUUUUAUUGUCCUUAACCUUUCAAUCCAUGACACUAAAUCCAAUGAAACUGAAAGAAAAACUUUUUUGAAUAUACUCCUUAGUGCAGCAAUCUCUUCUAACCAAUGCCUAUACAAGUAAUGUUUAUGCUGGGGUUUUGUUUUUGGUUUGUUUUUCUGUUUGGUUGGUUUUUUACAUUUUUAUGUGUUUAAAAUAUUUUGGUAAAUUUUUAGCAAAAGACAACUUCUGAUGUUAUUUAAAUGUACAAAUUGGUAAGAAUAAUGCACAAGGGCAUGUAGAGUGUUUUUAGUGUUUUAGCAAGGACUUGUUUUUAAACUACUGGCUGGAGAAUGAAUGAGUUUAAUAUAGCUCUAUGCAGAGGGACUGUGGUUUGGGAAAUACAUAGAAAGUUCACUCAAGUUCAGUAGGGGCUGCCUGGGGGAGGUGAAAGGACACCAAGUACGCAUAAGAGUUUCUGAAAGGCACAGUUGUAAAGCUUGGGGAAGUGAGCAGAACUGAAAGUAAUGAUCCUUCCUCUUACCUGUCAGGUCGUCUCAAACUUUAUCAGUGCUAUAGAAAGUCUCUACAAGAUAGUCCAAGUACGUUUUGGAAGAGAGUGAGUCAUCAGUUUAAAUGUAGAUUUUUGUACAUAACAUGGAAGAAGAUAAUAGUAAGUAGCAAAAAAAAAAAAAAAAAAAAAAAAAAAAAAAAAAAGCCAAAACCCUAGCCAAAU